UGGAAGUUCCUAUCGUUACUAUAGUAGCCGAUAGGCCGAUAGUAAGCGAUGGGAAUCAUUUCUGUUUAUACUGACAUAUUGGUUUGAGGUUUUAGAUAAUGCUAAUCAUGUGAGUUUGGUGAUUUAAAGAAAUUUGAAAGUGCUCGUGCACUUGAAUGUUUUGUUCGUCAACAUUUAUGCAAUUGUUAUAUAUAAAAUGAUAGAAUCUUGCACGAAAAGGCGAAUGAUCUUGGCUAUCACAUUUCUAGGAGGAUUGACUUUGCUGGUUCUUGUUGUGGAAAGUAACUGGACUUCGGGUAAUGGCAGAAACCAUGUGGCAGUAGUGGACAAGAAUUCAAGUAACGAGAAUAAUUGCUGGUUGCAUGAAGAGUUUGAAAUAGUAGAAGCAUGUCAUCCGUGUACUGAUUUUGAAAUUACAAGUAAAAGUGUUGGUGUGUGUGUUCCUACACAUUUCAAAGAAACGUUAUCCUGCAAGUUGUCUGGGAAAGUUGUAAGUAGAAGAUGCGAUAAAGUGACGUGGUUGGAAGAACGCAAUUUCUGGCUGUUUGAAGGGUUAAUGUUUAUAGUGGGUGUUAUUUCAACAACUUUUGUGUUCACACGCCAGAGAAUUUUGGACCGUCGGAUGUUGAGAAGAAUUCAAAGGCAGUUAGCCAGUGGUGUAUGAGCUAGUCCUUGGAAGUGGGU